AUGCAACCAGGUACUUAUCUUCGUGGAGAGGAUGACCACUGCUAUUUAAACCUGGGAGGAUAUUAUACAGUAUAUUGGAUUUUAGACAAGAGCACACGUGAGCGUGAGCGUGAGCGUGAGCGUGAGCGAGAGAGCAUGGUACUCAUCUUCCUGAACGCCGAGUUUGCGGGGGAUACCUUUACCUUUAAAGUCUCUGCCAGCCCUUCUGCCGAGUUCUCAUUCAACUGGCCGGUAUCGUUACCGGUACGAUUGAACCGACCUCGCAAGCGGCGUCGAGCUCUCUCCGAUGUCGAUGGGGCGGGCAACGAAGGCAGGAAAAAGAGACGUCUUCGACUGCAUCUGAUCACCUCACGGCUUAGUCGACCGUACUCACAACCAGCAACAAACAUCGUCAAUCGUGGCAUGAGCAAGAUCCCGGUAUUGGGGUUGAGGAAUGGAGCACUGAGCAAGAACGUCCUGAGGAAAGCUGCUAUCAUGAACCGAGUUCGAAGACGCAUGGAUGCAGCCAGAGACUUCAUGCAUACUGAGCGAGAAAAGGCAAGGGAGAGGUUAUCCAUACGGGAGAUUGUACUACCGAAGCCUCGACAUCUGGACGCGCCACUCCCACCAUCCCCCUUGGGCCUGUCAAAUUACGAUGCUUUUGACUUGGAGGACGAGGCUCGCGAGGACUGGGAUGACGAAGAGGGUGGUUCGGGGUCUAAGAUCUAUAGCGACUUUAACAUCAUGAAUCCCACAUCAGAACGGAAUGAAGACGAUGCAUUGGACGACUACCUUGAUGCAAUUGAUGGCAUACAUCCCGAGUACCUACCCGACACACCACCUGCACCGCCUGAAGGGUGUAUCGCCGAGAUGCUGAGAGAGAAUCAGCAAGGAGACAGCUUCUUCGUCCAGAUCAGAGACUGA